UCGAAGACACGUCAUGCUUGAAGAUGAAACAGGAAAACAAUUACCUGCAAAAACAGUGUUCUCACUUGCUAUUGAAUUUCUGAAGCGAGAUAUUCUGGAACAUUGUCACAAACAAAUACUAUUUGUCUUAAAAGAAGAUGAUAUUAAAUGGGUUCUAACAGUGCCUGCAAUAUGGAAUGAUGGAGCAAAACAGUUUAUGAGAGAAGCGGCGGAACAAGCUGGUAUUGCAAGGUCAAAGUUAAAGAUUGCACUUGAACCGGAAGCAGCCUCUCUUUACUGUCGAUAUUUACCCGUUGAGAAAGGCCAAGAAAAAAAUUCCUUAGCAUUAUUCGGAUCGGGGAUGGAGUAUAUUGUCUUAGAUGCUGGAGGAGGUACAAUUGAUAUUACGGUUCAUCAAGUCAUAGUAGAUGGUAAACUCCGAGAGUUACACAAAGCUAGUGGAGGUGGCUGGGGAGGAACAUUGGUAGACAAAGCUUACGAACAAUUCCUUUCAGAAAUAGCAGGGCCGGAGACAUUUCAACAGUUUAAAGAAAAGCACAUGGAUGAUUAUAUUGAUCUGCUCCGAAUGUUUGAGUUCAAGAAACGGGGAACGUCACCAGGUCAUUCAGGCAAAGUGACAUUUCGCAUACCGCCGACAUUUGCUGAAACUAUUAAAGAUGCUACUGGAUUGUCGAUACAGGACAAAAUCAUGUCAUCAGCUUUCAAAGGACAGGUUACUUAUGUAAGCGGCAAAGCUAGAGUUGAUGUUGAAAUUGUUCAGUCAUUUUUCACACAAUCGGUAGAUAGUAUUUUACAGCAUUUAGCGUCGUUAUUGGGAGAAAGGAUGAAUAGAGAAUGUACAGCUAUUGUUAUGGUUGGUGGAUUUUCGCAGUCAAGUAUUCUUCAAGAUGCUGUCAAGCGCGCAUUUGGAAGAAGGUACAAUGUAAUUAUACCAAAAGAUGCUGGUUUAGCUGUCUUGAAAGGGGCUGUUAUAUUUGGUCAUCGACCAAGCACAAUCUCCGAGCGCAUAUGCAAGUACACAUAUGGACAGAAAGUUUGCCAUGAAACAACUCGUAAUUGUAAUCAUCCGCCGACCAGGACAAAAUGGAUUGAUGGAAAAUUACACUGUUCUGAUAUUUUCAUGAAACACAUAAAAAUUGGACAGACUGUAAAAUUAGAAGAAGAACAAAUGGAAAUGAUCACAUACCCUCCUUAUGCUGACCAAACAACUAUAUGUAUGAAAAUAUAUGCAUCAAAAUCGUCUGACCCCCGUCUUAUCACUGAGCCAGGUUGUGCCAAAAUAGGCAAGUUUGUGAUGCCUAUUCCAGAUACUUCACUUGGAAUAGACAGAAAAAUCGGAACAAGGUUUAUAUUUGGUGACACAGAGAUUGCCACUAUGGAAGACGACACCAAUACAUCAAACUUUUCAUAUAGUGAGGACGAUCUUGUAAAAAUCGCAGAAGUAUUAAAGUCCUCCUUUCAACGUGAAAUUAUGCAUCUUGUCAAAGAUGCAGUUAGCCAGUCUGCCAGUGUAAUUGUUGAUGGUGUUCUGACUGGCCUUCAGGAAAAAGUCAAUUUUUUGAAAAAGAAAAUCUGA